AUGAUUGAGACGGUUGAUAAUCCAUCAAAUGCAGUUGAGUGGGCGUUGGCAGAAAUCGAUAUUCUUGCUAAGGCAUCUGAAGAAUUGGAUCGAGUGGUAGGUAAAGAUAGGCUUGUUCAAGAAUUUGAUUUGCCUAAAUUAAAUUAUGUGAUGACUUGUUUGAAAGAGUCAUUUCGGAUACAUCCAUUAGCACCUUUCAAUGUCCCACAUGUUUCAAGCAAAGAUACAGUGGUGUGUGGGUACUUUAUCCCAAAGGGGAGCCAAGUGUUGCUUAGUCGUCCUGGCCUAGGGCGGAACCCUAGGGUUUGGGAUGAGCCUCUCCGCUUUAGGCCUGAGAGACACGUUCAUGAUGAAGACUCAGUAGACGUGCUUACGGAUCCGGAGUUGCACAUGUUGUCGUUUAGUACUGGAAGACGAGGAUGCCCUGGAGUCGUUCUUGGUUCUACCCUGAGCACGAUGCUUUUGGCUAGACUUAUUCAAUGUUUUGCAUGGAGACCCCCACUUUCUACGAAUACUAUUGACUUGGCUGAGUCAGAAAAUGACUUGGCAUUGGCUAAGCCUCUAAUUGCUCAUGCAGUGCCGCGCUUGAACUCACAAAUUUACCUUUAA